AUAAUUAAACAAUGUCUCUGUACGAUGAUUUUGAUAAACAUCGAACUUCGGACAAAGUUGCUGGAUGGUCGUCCGGUAUUAAAUUGUUGCAAUCACAACUUCAAUUAAAAAAAGCAGCAACUACACAGCCAAAACGUGAACAAUAUAGAAAGGCAACUGCUGUAUUAGCACCAGUUAUUGAUUUGAAAUCUAAAACUAGAGAUAUUGAGAAGGAUGAUGAAAAUUUACCUAACAAUCCAUUAACAAAUAAUAAUACAAGUAAUAUUGGAAUUGGUAGUGAAUUUGAUUGGAAUGUUAUCAAUGAAUAUGAUCCUAUGUGGCCAAAUGAAUAUGAAAAAGUCGUUAAAGAGUUACGUGAUAUUCGAGAUAGAGAGCAUGAUCAAGAAACUGAAAUGCGAAAAAGAAGGCGUGAUAAUACACGUUUUGAGGAUACUCAAGCAACAGGAAAUAGUACUUUGGUACCUCCAGAAAGAGAUGAGGAACGUACUCCAACAUCCAGGGGUAUAGUUGGUGGUGCUGCUAUAGCACCACCACCAUCAUUACAAGAAUGUACCGAACUUCCUCCAACUUCUCCAUCGCAAAGACAAUCUUCUAAUUUGGGUUAUGCCACAUCGUCUGUCGCAGCUAAAAUAAUGGCUAAAUAUGGUUUUAAAGAAGGACAAGGUCUUGGUAAAAAAGAACAGGGCAUGUCUGUAGCAUUACAAGUAGAAAAGACAAGUAAAAGAGGUGGUAGAAUCGUUGGGGAAAGAGAACAACUUAUGCCUCCACCACCUCCAGUUUCUAUGUCUCCACCACUUCUACAACAGACAGCACAAGCACAAACUUCGCAAGAGGAACCAAGUAUUACGGAAAUCAUGAAAUCACCAAGCAAGGUUGUCUUGCUACGUAACAUGGUUGGACCAGGAGAAGUGGACGAAGAUUUGGAACCAGAAGUGAAAGAUGAAUGUAAUACAAAAUACGGUGAUGUAGCGCGUGUGAUUAUUCACGAAGUUAUUGAUGCAACUCCGGAAGAUGCAGUUCGUAUUUUCGUUGAAUUUAAAAGAAUAGAAAGUGCUAUUAAAGCUGUCGUUGAUUUAAACGGACGAUUCUUCGGAGGUAGACAAGUUAAGGCAGGUUUUUAUUCUAGUGAAAAAUUGGACAGUUUGCAAUUAAUGGAUUAAUAAUAAAAAAUAUUACACAUAGAAAUUAUUAUAA